GUAUUAUUUUGGAUCUCAUUCUUCAUAAUUUUUGUUAUUGUGUAAUAUAAAAGUCUCUCUUGAAUGUAUGUCUGUCUACAGAGUGAGGACAUCUUUCUGAUCAUGUUUGAGAGCGAGUAUCAGGAGAUGAAGAAGCGGCCGCUGAAUGUGGAGUGGCUGAUGAUGGACUCAGUCAUCCUCCUGCCUCCUACUGGCACACCUAUGACUGGCAUAGAGUUCACCAAGCGUCUACCUUGUGGAGAGGAAGAGAGAGCAAGGAGAGCUAUUCGGGUGUUUCUUCUGGUCCAGGAGCUGAGCUUGCAGCUAUCGGGGGAGCCAGAGACUCAACUGCCUCUGUCAGACUACAGUGCUUGUGUGCAAGUCGACAAUGUCCUUGGACCUCAACAACAGUGAUCUGAUAGCCUGUACAGUGGUGGGGGACUGAAUGGAGCAAAGGUGCGGAGGUUCCUGGUGAUGGACAAUUCUCAGGUUUAUCCUGGUGGAGCCGGACUCCCGCAGGCUGGGCUGGGGUGUGUGCCAAGAUGGCUGGCUUCCUACAGGACAUAGAGGUAACUUCCUUGUGAUGUCACAUAAACCCUAGAAAUUAUAGUCUAAUA